AUGUCCUCCCUGUGGAAUGUCGUGCUCUUGGCGACGGGUGCCAUGGCUGCAGCAAGCUACCCGCCAAAGCCAAGGGAUCUAUCUACUCCCGUUCAGCAGCGCCUUGGUAUUAUGGGGCCUACAAGCGUUUCGGUUGGCUGGAACACAUACAAACAGCUUACCCAACCCUGCGUGCAAUAUGGCUUGUCUGCGUCUGCUCUCACCCAAGAAGCAUGCUCAAGGGACUCCGUGACAUACCCAACAUCGCGCACUUGGGGCCAUGCCGUGAUUCUCACCGGUUUAAAGACGGGGACGACCUACUACUAUAAAAUCGUUUCCACAAACUCCACUGUGGAACACUUUUUGAGCCCCAGGUUGCCCGGUGACAAAGGCUCCUUUUCUAUGAAUGCUGUCAUCGACCUUGGUGUCUAUGGUGAAGACGGUUUUACUAUCAAGAUGGAUAAGACCAAGCGCGAUAUGAUCCCCACUAUUGACCCUGCUCUCAACCACACCACAAUUGGCCGCUUGGCGCAAACUGUUGAUGACUAUGAAUUUGUUAUUCACCCCGGUGAUAUUGCUUAUGCCGAUAACUGGUUUGUCAGAUCCAAAAACCGCUUCGAUGGCGUCAACGCGUUCCAGGCUAUCAACGAACAAUUUUACAGCCAGCUUGCACCGAUCGCCAGCCGUAAGCCGUAUAUGGUCAGCCCUGGUAACCAUGAGGCAGUCUGCGCAGAAGUGCCUCAUCUCACUAACCUAUGCCCAGAGGGGCAGAAGAACUUCACUGAUUUUAUGAUGCGAUUUGCAAAUACCAUGCCAAAGGCAUUUGACUCAACUUCUACAGAUAAUGCCGCUCGAGUCAAUGCUAACAAAGCAAAACUCUUAGCCAAACCUCCCUUUUGGUACUCCUUCGAAUAUGGUAUGGCACACGUUGUCAUGAUGAACACCGAAACGGACUUUAUGGAUGCUCCUGAUGCCCCUGGUGGUUCUGCUGGGUUGAACAGUGGCCCCUUCGGAGCUCCCAACCAGCAGCUUGACUUCUUGAAGGCUGAUCUCGCGUCAGUCGAUCGCACCGUCACACCUUGGGUAAUUAUCGCUGGUCAUCGUCCUUGGUAUACAACUGGUGGCUCCUCCUGUGCACCCUGCCAGAAGGCUUUCGAGGAUAUCCUCUACAAAUAUGGUGUUGACCUAGGUGUCUUUGGCCAUAUACACAACUCCCAGCGAUUCUUGCCUGUAUACAAAAAUACCGCUGACCCCGCUGGCAUGAACAACCCUAAGGCCCCCAUGUAUAUUGUUGCCGGUGGCGCAGGCAACAUCGAGGGUCUUAGUUCUGUCGGUACUAGACAGUCAUUCAAUGCAUUUGCAUACGAUAAGGACUUUAGUUACGCCACAAUCACUUUCAAAGACGCGAAUAACCUGGAGGUCAAGUUCCUGCGGUCCUCUACUGGCGAGCUUUUGGAUAAAUCUACGCUGUAUAAGGCUCACAAGGAACGUUUUGUAGUCCAGUAA